CUCCCCUCUUCCCUCCCCCCCAUCGGUGACGUCAGUGGUGUGAAGAAGAAGAUGGCGGCGCUCGUGAAGGCGGAAGUGUUGCAGUUUUGUCCUCCCUGGAUCGUGUGACUGCCCUCUGCAGGCUGAAGGGGUUAAUGAACUUCACCAUGAACAACAAGGACGCCACGACAGAGUCAGAGACCAGCGGUCAGAUGAAAGUGUUUUUGCCCAAUAAGCUGUUGGAGUGUUUGCCUCGCACGACGACUUUACCCAAAGAGAGACUGCGCUGGAACACAAACGAGGAAAUUGCGUCCUUCCUGAUUUCCUUUGACAGACAUGACGAGUGGCUUUCCUGCAGCCUUAAGACCAGGCCACAGAACGGUUCAAUAAUCCUGUAUAAUCGUAAGAAGGUUAAAUACCGUAAAGAUGGAUAUUGCUGGAAGAAGAGGAAAGACGGGAAGACUACGAGAGAGGAUCACAUGAAGCUGAAGGUUCAGGGCAUGGAGUGUCUUUACGGUUGUUAUGUUCAUUCCUCCAUCGUCCCAACAUUCCACAGGAGAUGCUAUUGGCUGCUGCAGAACCCAGACAUCGUGCUAGUGCACUACCUGAACGUGCCGUCGCUGGAGGACAGUGUGAAGUCGUGUGGUCCGGUGUCUUGUGCUCUGACCGACCGGCGGGACAGUCUGCGCUGGAGCCGAGACGAACUGCUGUCGCAACUCAAACCCAUGUUCCACAGUUUGAAAUGGUCUUGUGGAGGCAACGGCGCCGUGGAUCUCUCUGUGGAGCAGAUGGUGCAACAGAUCCUGGAAACACAACAGACCAAACCCCAGCCACGAACACACACCUGCCUCUGCGCAUCUCCCGGAUCCAACAUUCCUCAUCGCUGCAACAGCACAAAACAUCGCAUCAUUUCCCCCAAACUGCCCGCCCCUUACCCCGCCCUCACGGAGCUGCAGAAUCUGGCCAAUGAGGGCUCAGGAGCAGAGGUCGGGCGAGAGGCGGGGCCAGGCGAUGCGUCAGUUGCUGUCGUGCCUUCAGAGAGAAAGCAGCCGCCAGAAGAUCGGAUCGAGGACAUGGUGGGCGUGGCUUCCCCAUGCUCCGCCUCUUCCUCGUCAUCAUCGAGUCCGCCACAAACGCAGCGGGCGGCGACAAUCGCGUUGAGCAACGGAAAUGGUUUCCCGCGUGGCGGAUUAGCAACGGUGGCGCUGCCGCAGAACGCGGUAAUCGUGAUGACGACGGCGGCGCCGGUAGGCCGUGGAUGUGGGGAGGAGCCAAACGGCGAGACCCGACUUUCGCUCACUCGUGCCGGCGGACGCUUAGUUUUAUCUCCUGUCCCGCCUAAACAUGACACGCCCCCUCCGCCAAGCUCCGCCUCCCCACCGAGCCCGAAUCAGGGCGUGGCCACGCUGUCACUCACUCUACUUCCCAGCCCUGUGAUUGGAGGACUGCUGCUGACCGAUCGCAUUAUCCCAGAAGCACCCGGGACGCUCCUCCACCCGUCGUCCCCUUCGCCCUCGCUUCUUCCGUUCGACCCCGAUUCGUUCCUCAACAGCCCCAAACAGGGCCAGACGUAUGGAGGCCCCGCCUCCAACUCCGCCUCUUCCUCCCCGUCUCCACCUCCUUCCACAUCUCCUCAGCCUCCUUCUCUCGCUCUCUCUCUCUCUCCCACUUCUCCCCCAUCCUCUCUCUCUUCCCUCUCUUCUGAGACGGAGAGGAAGAGUAUUCCAGGUCGUCCCGCCUCCAGUCCCGCCUCUUUUUCGUUUUCGCUCUCUCCGACGCGAACGACUCCUGCGCUGCUCCCGAUGUAUCUCGAGUCAUCAUUAGGGCUUGAUUCGCUGAGCCCCUCACUUUCAAUCCCGCCCACAAACGGCAGAGCUCCUCCCACCAGAUUCAAUGCUCAAGCCACGCCCACUCAUCUACCAACCAAUCAGCUCUCUCCAUCCCAACACGUCAACAACCAACUGGCAGCCGCCAACACAACAACCUCCCUCGAAGUGCUGCCGACCAAUCAGCUUCCUCAAGAAGCAGAAAAGGCGGAGCUUAUGCAGUCAGAGCUUCAAGUGCAAUCCUGUCUUUUAACAACACACUCCAUGUGCAUUCAACCACAGAAUCUGACUCCGCCCCCAGCCACACCCACAAACAUGACGCCCAUACAAGUUAAAGAGGAGCAGUCUCCGCCCACUCAUUAUGAUUCAGAAGUGACGCCCAUGGACACCACCCACUGCGCCCAUAUAGACGAGGAGGAGGCGGGGCUUACGUUUGACUCCACCUUCCCUGACUUAAUAUCUGAGCUGAUCACAGAGGAGACCGUAAGCCACGCCCCCGCCCCGACUCCGCCCAUUUACCCCAUCAGGUACAUGGUCCCGCCCCAGCCGACGCCGUCCACCUCGUUCCUGCCCUUCCCACUCCUCACGCGCACACACUCGCUGGCGUCGGGCGGCGCGUCGGAGGAGUCCCAGCGCUUGGCCAACAUCACCGACUUCUCACCGGAGUGGUCCUACCCGGAGGGAGGGGUGAAGGUGCUGAUCACCGGCCCGUGGUCGGAGACGGACAGCAGAUACUCGUGUGUGUUCGAUCAGACUCGUGUUCCUGCUUCUCUGAUUCAGUCGGGGGUCCUGCGCUGCUAUUGUCCAGCUCAUGAAGCAGGUCUCGUGGCUCUGCACGUGUUGAUGGACUCCAGCCCCGUCUCCUCAUCUGUGCUGUUCGAGUAUCGCGCUCGCAACGCCUCGUCCUUACCGAGCUCACAGCUGGACUGGUUAUCACUGGAUGAUAACCAGUUCAGGAUGUCGAUUCUGGAGCGUCUGGAGCAGAUGGAGCGGCGGAUGGCAGAAAUGUCCAAUAAUAAUCAACAGCAUCAACACGUGAAUUAUUAUCAUCAUCAUCAGCAGCAGCGUUCACGAAAUCAGAGCUCCGCUCCACGCUUGACCCCCGAAAACCAGUCGGGAGUGUGGUUUGAGCGCAGGAUCGUAGCAGUGUGUGAGCGGAUGAUGGCCAGCGGUCGGUGGGGACGAGACGGAGAGACGGAAACACUCACACACUCCGUCAGACACCGAGGAUUGACUCUACUGCACCUCGCCGCCGCUCAGGGAUACACACAGCUCAUACACACACUCAUACGCUGGAGGAGUAUCAGUGUGAACAGUCUGGAUCUGGAACAGGAAGUGGAUCCGCUAAACGUUGAUCAUUUCUCCUGCACACCUCUGAUGUGGGCGUGUGCUCUGGGUCAUCAGACGGCCGCGGUGAUGUUGUACCGCUGGAGUAGCGCUGCUCUGGGAAUCCCCGACUCUCUGGGUCGUCUUCCUCUCGCUGUGGCUCAUUCUCGAGGACACACACGUCUGGCGCGCUGUCUGGAGGAGUUACACACACACUCUCAGACGCAGGAACACACAGCUGACACGGCCUCACCUCCGUACCGGCCCCGGUCUCCACUGUCCAGCAGCCCCGACACCGGUCUGAGCUCGUCCAGCAGUGUCCCCUCCCCCAGUGACCCCCCCUCCCCCUCCCCUAGCUCCGCCUACUCCAGUGGUUCGCUGCCUGACCCCAUAGACUCCGCCUCCUCCCCCUCCUCCCCGUUCUCGGCUCCGCCCCCCAUCGGCUCCUCAGACUCUCUCUUCAUGAUGGACUGUGAGGACGCGAGUCCCUCGGCUCCGGCGUCCCUGACGCUUCACUCCGAGCUCGCCCACGAGCUGCUCGACUACAGCGAGAAUGCCGAGAACGAGGAUUACCUGUCCGACGAGGUCUUACAGGUUGACAUGGCAACUUUGGCUGAGCAGAUCAUCGAGGCCACACCUGAGCGAAUCAAACUGGAGGAGUUUAACCGGGAGGCGGAGUCUCCACUCAGAGAGAGGCGGGACAAUCCUGUCAAUCACGACCCCAUGCCGUGGCUCGCCACAUACCUCGACACCGUGGACCGGAACCUGUGCCCCACGCCCCCGUCCCUCCUCAGUGAUCUGGCGCUGCAGAGGCUCCGCCCCCCGAGCAGUGUGGCGUGGGCGGAGUUUCUGAACGCCUCAGCCAAUGGGAGGAUGGAGAGAGACUUCGCCCUGCUGACGCUGACGGACACGGAGCAGAGAGAGCUUUACGAGGCGGCGCGCGUCAUCCAGAACGCCUUCCGCAGAUACAAGGGGCGCAGAUUAAAGGAGCAGCAGGAUAUGGCCGCAGCUGUGAUACAGCGCUGUUACCGCAAAUACAAACAGCUAACAUGGAUAGCACUGAAGUACGCCUUAUAUAAGAAGAUGACGCAGGCGGCCAUACUGAUUCAGAGUAAGUUUCGCAGUUAUUACGAGCAGAAGAAGUUCCAGCAGUCUCGGCGGGCGGCCGUCCUCAUCCAGCAGUACUAUCGCAGUUAUAAAGAGUACGAGCGCGUCAAGCAGGGGCCGCGGGGGCCCGGGACCCUCAACAGCAAGAUCAAAGGCUCGUUCCUGACCAAGAAACAGGACCAGGCCGCGCGGAAGAUCAUGCGUUUCCUCAGACGCUGCAGACACAGGAUUAAAGAGCUGAAACAGAGUAAAGAGCUGGAGCACAGAGGACUGACCACCUGACCACACACACACACACACACAUACUCUCUUUCAGUCGUGUUUACAGUCGUUUGCUCAGAUACACUCCUGCCAUCACUCGCCUCACACACUCUUUACAGGAUUUGAUCGAUUCAGAGAGGAAAGAUGGAAAGUUUGAGCUGCAUUAUUAGCAGUGGAAGCUUGUUUUCACACGGAAUAAAUUGUAAUCGCAACUUUUUUAUCUCACAAGACUUUUUUCUUGCAAUUGCGAGUUUACUUCUCAGAAUUGAAAGAUAUAACCUCGAAAAAUAAAAUUGUGACAUAAAAUUUUGAAUUCUGAAUCACAGUUCUGAGGGGGAUUAUUAUUGUUGUUUAUGAUUAUAUAAAGUUGCAAAAAGUGUAUUCCAAAGCGGAAACAAGCUUCCAUAGUAAAAGGACAGACAGGUUUUCUUCGGUUGCUUCUUUCCAGUCAUUGCUGCAACACUAAAGUUCACGUUCAGCUUUACUGAAUCUUUGGAAUGUUUUUAUGUAUUAAUGGAUCUCUAUAUAAAUGUGAACAGUAUAUACGCUCAUAUAUAUGCUCAUAAACACAGAGUUGAUUGUGUUGGAUAUGAACUUAUUUAUUGAUCUCUUGGAGAUGUAUUUUAUAAACACUCGAUGUUGCGCCUCAGAACAGAGAACCACAGAAAAGUAACGACGCUGAGUUCGUGGCGAUAUCCAAAGUCUUAAAUCAUAGUUGUCAUGGUAACACAGGGCGGAAACGUAACGUGGCCUAGUGUCGAUCACGCUAAUGUUCACGACGCGAGAAAUACGAUCACUGAAGGUGUCUGAUUCUACUCCAACGGUUUUGUGUUAAACACAUUUAUGUUUAUUAAAUAUAAUAUUACUACUGAAAAUAAUAGAAAUUUCAGCUGUCAUGAAAAAAAAGUUCAAAAACUCAAUUUGUAAAACCAAGCAAAAAUUGUUGUAAAUAACGAAACCAGUGAUAAAAUCACUCACUCUGUUGUAAUCUGGCAACCUUCAACAGCUAUUAUGGGAUGUUCUAGAAAUCAUGGACGCUUGUAAAAAGAAUCUAUAAAAAAAUAAUAAUAAUUGCGAAUUUUACCUCACAAUUCUGAGGAAGAAAAUUGCUCGUUAUAAAGUCUGAAUUGCGAGAUGCAAACAGUCAAGUACCUUUUUAUUUUUUAGUCCUUUGUGAAAACAAUCUUCCAUAAGAACGUGUAUCACUGUACGCGCCGUUUGAGGAAUCCGUCUGAAUUAUUAUCUGAGGUAACAGCUUUUAUUGACUUUCGUGGGACUUUUAUUUUGACGCAUUUUUUUCAAACUCCAUUUUAUUUCGGAGAACUCCCGCUUCUGAUUGGAUGCGUGAUCUCAUACCCACUAGGCAUCGUCUGACAGGAUUAAAAUGUCACGGUUCUGUUUUCUGGAUAUUUUUGAAUGUGCCUUGAGGUGUUUUAACUCAUUAACUCCGGCAGACCUGCGUCAGUGAAGAACUGGUUGGUUCUCCGUCUUGAUUCAGACUUUUAUGCAUUAUUCUGUAAAUAUUGUACAAACUGGUGAAAAUAUAUUUAAGAAUGAAUAUAUUUGCUUCUGCCUGAUAAAAUGUUUAAUUUAUUAUCUGUGCUGAUUGCUGAUAUGCACGGUUAUAUUUACGCUAUGAGAUUCUUUCAGCAUGUUUUUUGCUUGCUGGUGUUUAUGUUUGCAUGAUUUCCUGUUUGUUUCAUAUUUCCACUCACAGGCCUUUAGUACUGCUGAUGAUGAUGAUGUUUAUUUAUGAAUAUAGAUUUAUGGACAUUGAAUUGAUUUCUACUGUAAAUUCAUUCUGGCAUUUAUUUGUUCAGACUGUUUUACUGUUUCGCAACGUUUCAUUAAAUUCUUCAAAUUCAGGUU